AUGCGUCCGUAUUCAAGUUUCAACAGAGGUCAUCAUUACAUACUCACCGUCAUCGAUGCGUUGAGCAAAUACGCCUGGGCCAUACCGCUCAAGAGCAAGGAAGCGAGACGACUAACUAAGAUAAUUCAAGAGAGUGAAAGAUGCCCGAGAAACUUGCAAACGGAUAUGGGAAAGGAGUUUUACAACGCCGAUGUGCAGAAACUCUUGAAAAAACACAACGUUAAUCAUUAUUCCACCGUGAUAAAGAUCGCAGGUCCAGCAAAAUUCAAAGUAGGCGAUUCGAUACGCGUGAGCAAGUACAAGACAGUUUUCGAAAAAGGUUGCGCAUCGAAUUGGACCACCAAGAUAUUUAAGAUCGUUAAAGUGCAGCAUAUUAAUCUUGUAACCUAUGUGCUCGAGGACUAUCGCGGAAAAGUCAUUGCUUUCUACGAUCACGAAUUGCAUCGCGCGACUCAUCCGGACGUGUAUCUCGUGGAGAAAAUACUGCGCAGGAAAGGAGACGAGGUUUACGUCAAGUGGUUGGAAUUCGAUGGAUCGCACAAUUCUUGGAUAAAAGCAGUGUGA